GCGAUUCUUAUUAUUUUUUUUAUUUUUGCCAGGAGGGAGGGUCUAAAACCCCACAACUGGGAGGCCAAAACCCUCCCUCUCCGGCCUCACAGGUAGAACUUGCUGGUGCCUUCGAACCUUUUCGCCUCAGCUGCGAAGUUCAAAUCUUCAAAGAAAAUGCUGUAUUCAGCUACUAAAAUCUUACUCUUCGGCACCUCAAUCUUCCGCAGCCACAUAAUUGUGCCUCGCCCACUGCCUAAACCGUUCCCUGCGCCGUGCUUCCAUUUCCUUCAAUGCAGUUCUUCCGCCGCAGUCGACACUGCUAGUAUCGGCUGUGAUGCCUUAGAGCCGCACCAUCCAUGGACGGAAUGGGUCGCCUUCGUCAACCGGUUGAAGAGCAAAGGCUACUUUCCGGAGGCUUCUGUAGUCAGCGACUAUGAGGAUGGUGAUGUUGCUGGUGUUGGCGGGGACGCAGCGUCAGUAUAUAAAGACAUGAAUAUCUUGAAAGAUCCUUGUCUCAGCUUUGCCCGCGAUCGCUAUGACCUUUUCAAAUCAUUGUCGAGGAAAGAUAUUCAAACCGUGGUUGAGAACGGUUGCCCUAAUCUGUUACGAAAAGUUGUUAAUUCAGCAAAAAGGUUGAGAGCAUAUGUACGACUAGAUGAAGGAGAUGUAUGUGGUGCUUGUAAUCUGCGAGGAGCUUGUGAUAGAGCCUACAUGAUACUUAAAGAUUCUGAAGCAGCAGCCCGUACAGUGGAUAUUGUUCGUGUAUUGUUGUUCUAUGCCCUAGAUCCACUUGUUAUUUCAGAUGGAGAAAGGCCUCCUGGUAGGGAGGUUGUUGAAGCAUCCGUAAGGAAACUUCUUUCUGGGUUGGUUGAGUUGAGCGAUACAUCCCCUGAUCCAGCACUUCCGAAGCCUGCUUCUAAAGUUUCAUAUGAAAAGGAACGACUUGUGAAUUUUGUGGAUGAUGAAAUGUCUCAAAACGUAGAAAUGAAGAGAGGAGAUUGGAUGUGUCCUAAGUGCAAUUUCAUGAACUUUGCUAAAAAUAUUCGCUGCCUAAAAUGCCAAGAAGAUGGCCCAAAAAAAGUUGGUGCUGAUGAUGUUGAAAUGAAGAAAGGAGAUUGGAUCUGUCGAGAAUGCAGUUUUAUGAACUUCGCUAGAAAUAUCCGUUGCUUAAAGUGCAAAGCAGAAGGCCCCAAGAGAGUCAAUAGUGAUGACAUUGAAAUGAAGAAGGGAGAUUGGAACUGCACCCAGUGUGGGUUCAUGAAUUUUGCUAGCAAUAGAACUUGUUUGCGAUGUCGAGAGCUGCGACCUAAGAGGCAGUUGAAUCCUGGAGAGUGGGAAUGCCCAUCAUGUGAUUUCUUGAACUACAGAAGGAACAUGGCGUGCCUGAAGUGCAAUUGCAAACGCCCAGAAGAGACAGAAAGGUAGUAUGAGAAGAAUAUAUUCGAGUGCUUUAUUAACUGGCGGCUAUUUAUUAAUCCAUGGAAAUCAUGUGGAGCAUAUUGUCUGAUGGAAUUCCCCCAUAGACCCAAUACAGAAAGGUGGAUGCAAGCGAAGUUGAUUUGUUUUAACUCCAUACAGUUCUCUUUUGAGAUAUGAGAGCUUCGGCAAGCUAUGUAAUUUUGAUUAUUUCCGUUUCUUUGUUCUAAGGCCUUCAAGUAUUUUUUUUUUUCCUGCACGAUAAAACUAGAAGGAAAUAUGAGAAAGGAUUUUGUGAUUGCUAGCAACUAGUGUGUACAGUAUACAAUUGAAAAUGUCAUCUCUUUUCCGUGUUAUAUUUAAGCAUAAUACACAAGAUGGUACUGAAUUCAUUAUAAA